UCCUACAAAACUCCAUACAAAACACUCAAAUACUUCACAAUGUCUUCUGAUAAGGGUCAAUUCCAACAAGGCUACCAGCCUGAAGUCCAGCACCAGCCGCUCCCCGGGCUCGAGAAAAACCUCAGUCCCGCACCCCAGCCUGACCACCUUCCCACACCUGAUGGCAAGGCCGAACUAUACAAGGCCGCCGGCAAGCUCGAGGGAAAGAAAGCCAUCAUCACCGGUGGAGACUCGGGAAUUGGACGUUCGACCGCGAUCCUGUAUGCCAUGGAAGGCGCAGACGUCUUCAUCGCCUAUCUGAAAGAAGAGCAGGAGGAUGCGGAUGAGACGAAGCGUCUUGUAGAGGCCAAAGGCCGCAAGUGCUACCUCCACACCACGGACCUGAGGGACCGGGCCAACUGCAAGAAGCUGGUUGACGAGGCAGUGGAGAAGUUUGGCGGGCAAAUCGAUAUUCUGGUGAACAACGCCGCGUCUCAGAUGAUGGUUAAUGACAUCAAGGAUUUGACUGAAGACCAAUGGAUUGAUACCUUCAACACAAAUAUCCACCCUUACUUCUACCUCGCCAAGUACGUCCUCCCGCACAUGAAGCCUGGCGCCUCCAUCAUCAACAACGCCUCCAUCAACGCCUACAUCGGCCGUCCCGACCUCCUCGACUACACCUCCACCAAGGGCGCCAUCGUCUCCUUCACCCGUGGUCUCUCAAACAUGUUUGUCAGCAAGGGUAUCCGCGUCAAUGCUGUAGCUCCUGGACCUGUGUGGACGCCUUUGAUCCCUGCCACCAUGACCGACGACGCUAUCAAGCAGUUCACGAGCCCCAUGGGACGUCCUAGCCAGCCGAGUGAGAUUGCCACGUGCUUUGUGUUCCUUGCCAGCCCAGAUAGCAGUUCCAUCAGCGGACAGACCAUUCACGCCAACGGCGGAGUGGUUGUCAACGGUUAA